UACCCAUACGUCAUAAGCUCAAUGAAAAACUUUGGCAACUCGGACUUCUGUUAUCAUUUGUUUACAAUAACGUCAAAAACAACUGUUAAAAAGUAACAAUACGACAGGAAGAUAACGCAAUUCUACUAAAUUAUGUGGAUUCAUAUAAAUAUAUAUCGCGGAAAACUAUAACUGCCUUCUAUUUAAAUGGGCAAUGGUAAAUCAUCUACAUAUAAAACAUUUUUGAAGCAAGCGUUCAUAAAAUAAUAAACAAAUGCCAAGUCAUCGUUUAAACACGAUUUACCCUACUAGUGACUAGGCGCCUGCAUUAGCUUAUUUCUUCACUGAUGGUAACGGAUGAAAAAUUAUAGCUUCCUAAUCUCCAAUUAUUAAACAAUCUGACAACACCGAUAAUGCCGCUUGUGCCUCCUGCUAAAAAGAAGAUUAAAAUUAUCGCAAUAAUUUCGAUCUCUGUUUUAUUACUUGUCAUUCUUUAUCGGUCGCUAUUAAUUCAUACUAAUGGGAGCCGCCCGGUGUCAAAAUUUGUAAAAGACGAUUGGCCAUUUGUGCGCCCAAUGUUAAAUGGAGAUAUUGAUAAAGAAACUGUUAGUGUACCAACGAAUCAUCACCAACAGCUUUUCCUCCAGUUGGAGCGUACAAAAGCCCAACUUGCCAUUUUGGAAGACCGAAUUCGCGCGUUGGAGUCAAGUACUCCUCGUAAAUAUCCACAAGUUAAAUACUUAAAUUAUAUAAACCGAAAGCGAAUACUAAUCUCAGGCGGAGCCGGCUUUGUCGGUUCACAUCUGGUGGACACUCUAAUGGUUCAGGGCCACGAAGUCAUCGUCGUGGACAACUUUUUUACAGGUCGCAAACGGAAUGUGGAACAUUGGUUGGGGCAUGAAAAUUUUGAAUUGAUUCAUCACGACAUAGUGAACCCACUAUUCAUUGAAGUAGAUGAAAUCUACCACCUUGCAUCACCUGCUUCCCCGCCACAUUACAUGUAUAAUCCAGUAAAGACAAUCAAAACGAAUACUAUGGGUACUAUCAAUAUGUUAGGACUGGCCAAACGAGUUAUGGCAAAAGUACUUAUAGCUAGUACAUCUGAAGUGUAUGGUGAUCCAACUGUACACCCACAGCCGGAAACAUACUGGGGCCAUGUAAAUCCUAUUGGGCCACGAGCAUGCUAUGAUGAAGGCAAACGCGUCUCGGAGACACUUAGCUACGCUUAUGCAAAACAAGAGAACGUCAAAGUGCGCGUAGCACGUAUAUUUAAUACAUACGGCCCCCGGAUGCAUAUGAAUGAUGGUCGUGUUGUAUCCAACUUUAUUCUACAAGCACUCCGGAAUGAGACUAUUACGGUCUAUGGUAAUGGCAAGCAAACUCGAUCAUUUCAAUAUGUUUCAGAUCUGGUCGAUGGAUUAAUUUCCUUAAUGGCAUCUAACUACACUCAGCCCGUCAAUUUGGGCAAUCCGGUCGAGCACACAAUCGAAGAGUUUGCGCGGAUCAUAAAAAAAUUGCGAAAGUUGGGGGUAGUGCACUAG